CCUGUGUUUACUCCUGAUCAAUCAUUCACUGUGGUUGGUCAACAUUGCAGUGGUAGAAGCCACCACACAACGGCUGUUUUGUCAUGGCAUUUUAAUCUAAAGGACAAGCUGAUCAUUUUCAGUAUGGAGAUAUUUGUUCAUUUACUCUUGACUUUAUGCACACUGCAUCUGUCGGUCAAUUUUAACCCAGUUGUGAAUGCAUCCAGGAGGCCAUGGACAACUGCUGAUAGCAGUUGGGCUGGGCUGAGGAGGGCCAGAGCUGUAAACAGGCCAAUACCCAUCAACUGUAAUUUGGGGAGCUGGUCAUCUUGGACUUCUUGUAACUCUUGCACAGACAAAAAGGUCCAUUUCCGAUACAUGGUGAAACCCUCACAGUUUGGUGGCACAGAGUGCAUUGGGACACUGUGGGAGAAGCUGGCAUGUCCAACAGUAACAACACCGUGUAUGGUGACAGAUUACUGUGGAGAGAGCUUUACCUGCAAGGAAACAGGGCGCUGCAUCAGCCAGUCCCUUCGCUGUAAUGGAGAGUCAGACUGUGAUGAUUUCUCUGAUGAAGAGGGCUGUGAAGUCUUCACCCGGCGAGAUGACAAGUGUUCCACUCUACUGCCAAUCCCUGGUGCUGAACGUGGCACUCAGGGCUACAACGUCUUGAGUGGAGACUUUGUGGAUCAUGUACUUGACCCGGGUUACUUUGGAGGAAUGUGUGAAUAUGUCUAUAAUGGCGAAUGGCGGAAAUUUACCUAUGAUGCUUUCUGCGAAAACCUGCACUAUAAUGAAGAUGAGAAGAACUACAGGAAACCUUACAACUACCACACCUACCGCUUUGUGGCUCAAGCUACGUCCGAGGGCUCUCACGAAUACUAUGAAGAUACAGCGAGCCUUCUUGAUGCAAGUAAAACCAUGGGUUCUUCCAGUGCCGGAGUCACAGUUGGGGUCAGUAACGUGGAAGUGGGGCUGAGUGGAAGUAGUGAAUUUGAGUUUUUCAAGAACAUAACACAGCAUAAAAGCCAGGACCUCGGGUUCAUUAGGCUUUGGUCUAAAGUGAAAACAGCCCUCUUCAAAAUGAGAAGUAAUAAGCUGAUGCUUCAUGAAGAUUUCUACGUUUCGCUCAUGGAGCUCCCUGAGCAGUACGACUUUGGGAGUUGCUCCCACUUCUUCCGCACAUUUGGCACCCACUAUGUCACAGAGGGAAUUAUGGGAGGAACCCUUGAGUAUGUUGUGGUUGUCAACAAAACAUCUAUGGCGAAAUCAAAUAUUAACAGUGAACAAAUUGGUGGCUGCAUUGGUGCCUCUAUUGGUUUGAGCGAAUCCUUGACAAAAACUAGCUCAGCAAAUCUCAAAGUGAGUGGCGAGCAUUGCGAAAAAACAGGAACGUAUGAUAAAGGCUCGAGCUCUAGUUCAUCUGUGAUUGAGGACAUUUAUACUCUAGUGAAGGGGGGAGUCACACACAGCAGCAGUGGCCUGUUGGCUAUCAGGAACAAUGACACCUACAAAAACUGGGGAGCGACCCUCAAAUACAACCCAACACUCAUCGAAUAUGAGACAAUGCCAAUUUAUGAGCUAGUGCGCUUCAGCACAGUGGCUGACCAUGUAGGUGCGAGACUGGCCAACUUGGAGAGAGGCUGGGAUGAGUACCAGCAGCAGUUUGACCCCUGUCGCUGCGCCCCCUGCAGGCACAACGGCAUCCCUGUCCUCAUGGGUACCUCCUGUAAGUGCAUCUGUAAGUCAGGCUUCUCGGGAGAGGCCUGUGAAGAGACUCUCAGACGAGAUACCAAGACAGAUGGGUCGUGGUCGUGCUGGGGGGCCUGGUCUUCCUGUGGAUCGGGGAGGAAGACUCGGACCAGAACCUGUAACAAUCCUGCACCUGAUGGGGGCGGAGCAACCUGCCUGGGCUCCUCCUCUCAGACUCGGCGCUGUUAAAUUCAAUCACAUUCCAGAGUGGAAAUGCUUUUGAGUGCUAAGUAAGCAUAAUCAAAGUAGUUUUUUAAAUGAAUAAAAA